AUGGCGAAGGAUCUGGACGAGCUGUUGGAUGAGGUUGAGUCCAAGUUUUGCAGACCUGACCUGCUGCGACUGGGCAUGGUCCAGCAGCCCAAAGGGUGCGGCAGCACCCACAGCUGCGACCGGAACCGAGCAGAGGCGAAACAGAAUCUCAGAUUGACAGACACAUUUAAUAAAGCAGAUGAUCUUGACAGUCUUAUUAAUGAAAUAUUUGAAGAGCCUAACUUUGACAAAAAACCUUUCAAAUUAAAAUCUAAAUCUUCAGAUAACACACCUGUCAGAGCUUCCAUUCAAGGCCUUGGUAAAAGUUGCAGUCCAGUGUACCUUGGUGGAAGUGCUACUCCAUGUGGUGUUGGAACAAAUACCUCACAGAGAGCAUGUGACCGUCUGCGUUGUAUAGCCUGUGAUUUCUGGAUAGUGAGCUACAAUGACUAUAUGUGGGACAAAUCAUGCGAUUAUUUGUUUUUCAGGAACAACAUGCCAGAAUUCCACAAAUUAAAAACAAAGUUGGUGAAGAAGAUAGGAGCACGGGCAUAUGCUUGCCAGUGUAGCUGGAAAACUGCUGAAGAACUGACUGACCUUCAGACCGACCAUCAGCUUCGUUGGGUUUGUGGUAAACAUUAA